GCCGCCAGCCUUGUGCCAGGCAGCCCCCUCCUCUCAUGCCCGCCUGCGCCCCGCCAUGACUCUGAGCGCGGAGAUGUCCGAGGCUGCGUCUGCCUUGGCUGAGGAGACAGACAUCGACGUGGUGGGCGAGGGGGACGACGACGAGGAGGAGGGAGACGACGAGGACGACGACGAGGACGACGACGAGCCCCUCCGCCGCCGGCCUUACGAGGAGGAGGAGGAAGACGAGGACGAAGAGGCCGCCUCGCUGCCUGAGGCGCCCGGGGCGCGCGGGACAGGAGGAGAGUCCCCCGGCUCCGGGUCGCCCUCCUCGUCGUUGUCGUCGUCGUCUUCUUCUUCCUCCUCCUCCUCUUCUUCCCCUCAGGGCUCUUUCCGAGGCGCCUCAGGGGGCGUCGGCGUCUCCGCGGGCGCCAAGAACAGCCUGGUGAAGCCGCCUUACUCGUACAUCGCCCUCAUCACCAUGGCCAUCCUGCAGAGCGCCAAGAAGCGCCUGACGCUGAGCGAGAUCUGCGAGUUCAUCAGCGCCCGCUUCCCCUACUACCGCGAGAAGUUCCCCGCGUGGCAGAACUCCAUCCGACACAACCUGUCGCUCAACGACUGCUUCGUCAAGAUCCCGCGCGAGCCGGGCAACCCGGGCAAGGGCAACUACUGGACGCUGGACCCGGAGUCGGCCGACAUGUUCGACAACGGCUCCUUCCUGCGCCGCAGGAAGCGCUUCAAGAGGCAGCCGCUGCAGCCGCCCGACCUGCUCCUCAGGGGGCUCGAGCCCGCAGCAGCCGCCGCCGCCGCCUUCCUCCAAGCGGCGCAGCAGCAUCCGAACCAGGCGCUUCCUCCUCCGCCGCGGCAGCAGCAGCAGCAGCACCCGCCGCCCGCGCCUCCGCCGCCUCCCCCCUUCGCUUACGGGCCCUAUAGCUGCGCCUACGGCCUGCAGCUGCCGCCUUACCCGCCUCCCUCGGCUCUCUUCGCCUUCCAGCCCCAGGCGCGGCCGCAGCCGCCUCCUCCCGCCGCCGCCGCCGGGCCCGUGCUGCCCCCCGCGCUGCUGCCUCCUGCUGCUGCGUCUCCUACGGCCGACCUGGCCAGGACUACCAGCUUCGGCUACCCGGCGCAGCUCAGCCCGUCUCUCGCGGCCUCCUUGCACGCGGCGGCCGCCAAGAGCAGCUCUGCGCUGGCCAGGUCGCCUUUCUCCAUCGAGAGCAUCAUCGGCGGCGGCGGCGGCUUGAGUCCCCUGGCCGCCAGCAGCUGCGCCUCCCAGUCGGCCGUCCUGCCGGUCCUCGCCAGGUCCCUGAUGGCCUCGUCGCCUGCGCUCGCCUCGCCGCCGCCGCCGCCUCCAUCCUCUUCCGCCGCCGCCUCGCUGGGGACUCUGCACCAAGGGGCAGCCUUGGCCAAUGUCGAGAACUUUACUGCUAGGAUUUCCAAUUGUUAAAAACAAAACACACAAAAAAAACUGUCUUGCCGAAGGUAAGACCCUCUGGGGCUGUUUUUGCUUUUUUUCCCGCUAAAGAAGGCAAAGAAACUUUUUGUUUGUAUUUUUUAUUUUCCCUAGGCCACAUUUUGUUUGUUUGUUUGUUUGUUUGUCUGUCUUUCGGCCCACCUGGCUCGGUCCUCUUCAGUAUCUCCUAUUUAUGCAAAGCCAUUUCGAUAUGCUGCAUAGGCAGAAAGAUUAAAUGGCAAAGAAGUGGCCCUUAAUUCUUUCCUUUAAGAAACACACGCAUUCUAAAUAAAUCAUUCCAAGGCAGAGAUUCCCGGGUCCAAGGAUUAAAUUAAAUAACAGCUAAACUACAACAAUCCCCCCCCC